AUGAAGACUUAUUUACCUCCCGACACUGAGCCAUGGUCAGUUUAUUUUUUCAAAAAUAGAUUGAAAAAAAAAUAUCAUGAGAAAAUAUUAGCUACGGACAUUCCUGGAAAACCUUCAGUGAUAUGUUUAAAGAAUAAUUGUGAAAAACUUGUUUCCGAUGAGUGGUUAAAACAAAGGGAUAGUAGAAACAAUACACCUGAAGAAGAACGUGUUUCCAUUCUAAAGGCAGCCGCCCAAAUAUUAAAAGAGGACAUUAGGGGAAUGGUUACUAAUUUGGAUGAGUAUCCUUCUUGCGAUGAUAUCAAAACAGGUGGAAAUUCAUUUUUUCCUAAUUCACUUGACGUGUUCUUUGAGGAGUUGGUCCUAAAAGGCAGGAAAAGCCCACUAUAUCAGACUAAAGUGUCUGCAAUGAAAAACUUUAUUAUCUCUUUGUUCUACAAAACACCUGCCAAAAGCGGACUUGGUCGUAUUAAAAUGGAAUCCAUUCAAGAGGAACCAAAUGCUGAAAAUGAACGUUUACCGGUACUUCUAGACACUCUGUGGCUAACUGGUAAGGUUUUGUCUUUUUCCUCAAUUUCCUGGACUGGUUUUAUGUCUACUCUUGAGUCUGACUCCUUGAACGUGGAUACAAGUAUUAUACCGUUACCCUUUAUCAACUUGGAUCCUGGCAACUUGAACACAAUUUAUACAGCUCUUUCAUUUGCGGCCGAAAAAAGCAAACGGUAUGAAAAAUCUUGUAUCGUAACGUUUGACAAACCACUUUUUCAAAAAGCUGUAGAUAUCGUAGAAGGCUCAAAUAAAAGUGAUAUUGUGUCUUCUGUGAUUGUCAGGCUCGGAGGUUUCCACACUCUGAUGUCUUUUAUGGGAAGCGUUGGAAAAAUCAUGGCCGGAAGUGGCAUAGAAGAAUUGUUGACAACCGUAUAUCCAAAAAAUACUGUACCCCAUAUGAUGAGUGGCCAUGCUUAUUCUAGAGCUUUACGAGGACAUUUUCUAAUACAUGAAGCUUUAAUUUUAAUUAUGUUGGAUGACCCAGAAAUUCUCUCAUUAUCCGAGGAAGACAUUCAAAAUAUUCAUAGUUUGUAUAAUGAUACCAAACUCAAUGUUAUCAAAGAAAAUGGAUUACUUAUUGAAGUUCAAGAAAAAGUCUAUGGACGAAUUGAUGAUUUAGCUAACACUAGCAGAACUGGAAAGUUAAUAAUUUGUUCAAAUAAAACACCAGAAGAAAUAAAACAUUGCUUCAAAUAUGAGUUAUCGCCGUAUCCUUUAUCACUUUUUAAAGAUGGUAAUCUAAGAAAAGGAACAAAAUCUCAACUUCUUCAGGAGCUUGAUAAGAUCUAUAAGCCAGAAAGUAUGCCCCAUUCAGACACUGUUUAUGUUAUAGAUGGAGGAUUUCUGCUACACAAAGUCUCAUGGCAAAAACCAGCUUCAUAUAAUGACAUCUUCCCUCAAUAUGUAAAUUAUGUUAUUCACAACUAUAACAAGGAUUGUGUCAUAGUCUUCGACGGCUACACGAAAGAGGUUAUAUCAACCAAAGAAAGUUUACAACGAUGCAGAUCAAAGGGAAGCAUAGAAAUUUCCAUCCAUGCCCAAGCUUCGGUAAUUAUACCACAAGUGGAUUUUUUGAAGAACAGUCAAAAUAAGACACAGUUUAUAAAUAUCCUUCGAACCUACUUUGAAGAUGUAGGUAUAACUGUGCAUCAAGCACCCAGGGAUGCUGAUUAUCUUAUUACAAUGACAGCAGUAGAACUAUCCAUGAUAAAAAAACACGUCACAGUUGUCUCAGAGGACACCGAUAUAAUGGUUUUGCUUAUACAUCAUGCAAAAAAUAAAAAUAUAUCCAUGCUUCGCCCAGGGAAAGCAGCAAAAGAUUCAAGAAUGGAUUGGCAACAACUUGGACCCUCUGCAAUACGGGUGGAAGAAAAAUAA